GGUCCGUAUUGGACGUAGUGUCGGCUACAGGUGGAGCUGCUGUCGUUUUUCAUGUUCGUCUGCAUGUCGUCGCAGCGCACGAACAUGAGCGUGGCGAUCGUCUGUAUGGUCAACCACACGGCCGUCGGCGACCUCAAUCGCUCUGACGUCACGCCGCCGACGGUGGCCGAGUGCGGACACAACGUCACGCACGGACAAGAUGUAAAUAUGGACGACGGGAUGCAGGACGGCGAGCACCUCUGGGACAAGCGCACGCAGGGACUCAUCCUGUCCUCGUUCUUCUGGGGCUACCUCUGCACACAGAUCCCGGGCGGCCUGCUCGCGAAGAAGUACGGGCCGGGAUGGACGUACGCGGGGUUUCAGUUCACUGCCUCCGUGUUGACGAUGCUGUGUCGGUGGGCGACGAUGGUCGGCUGGCGGAGAAUGCUCGCCAUGAGAUUUCUCUCAUGUUCAAAUUCAAAUUCAAAUUGAUCAUAAUUCAGAUGAUUCAGAUGAUUCAGAUAGUUAUUCAGAAAUUCAGUGAUAAUGCGCUGAGAUGACCGCACUUGCAAACACUAUACAGUAUU